AUGUCCCCGCUGCAGAUCUCGGUCUACUGGCGCCUCUUUCUCAUCUACUUCUUAACUCCUUUUCUCUUCUUUCUCGACAUCUUCACGGCCGCCAUCGCAGCCAAAACCUGUCGCCAUGACAACGCAACUAACAGUCCCGCUGUCGGGUCUGGGCUGCUUCCGCUACAGAGCAACCAAUCAGAGCGCGGGGAAUUUUCCGGAGGUGAAGCUGAUUGGUGGACCCAAAACGAGGAGACGUUUUGGUGCAAUCAGUGGUUUUCCUGCAGGUUUGGGAAGCGCCCGUUGCUGCUGGUGUCUGCGUGCGUGCACACCUUCUGCGGCAUUGUGCCUGCUUUUCUCCCCCAGCCAAUCAUCUUCCUCGCUGUCCGCUGUCUGACGGCAGUUUCCUGCAGCUGCAUCACCAUCUGCGCCUUCAGUCUGGCCGUGGAGUGGACUCUCCCUGCUGCUCGGCUCUGGCCGCCAGCCUUCCUGUCCUUCUGCUUCAGCCUGGGGACGAUGGGCGGGGCUCUGGUGGCCUGGCUCAGCCCUACCUGGACACACCUGCACCUGAUGGUGGCCUUGCCACAGUUACUGUGUCUGCCACUCUACCUUUCAAUCCCAGAGUCUCCUCGUUGGUUGCUGUUACAGAAGAAGAUGGAUAUUUUGGAGCGCUACUGGAGCAACAGCCCUGCAGAUGAGCAGCAUCUGAACCAGCUGCUGGACUCAGCCCAGUCCGACCUGAAGAAAGCUGCAGAGACUCGGACAGAAACACCUGACAGUGGUGGCCACGCCCACAGCAACAUCAUCCACCUGAGACACCCGACCAUCCUGCUGCGCCUGCUCAUCAUGAGCUUCCUGAGUAUUGGAAUUUCAUCAACAUACUAUGGGAUUUGUCUGAACAUCGGAUCGUUUGGAGUCGGAGUCUACACCGCCCAGUUCUUCUCGGGUCUCUCAGAGGUUCCCUGCCUGCUCGUUCCUUUGGUCCGGCUCGGACGUCGGCUGAUCAGCAUGCUGUCUCUGUUCCUGAGCGGGACCGCCUGCGGUUUAGCUUUCCUGUUGUCCCUAUAUAACUGUGAACCGAUUCUGGUGAUGAGUCUAGCUCUGCUGGGAAAACUCUGCAUCCAGGCCGCCUACUUCAUCUCUGUUCUGUACAGCAUUGAACUGUUUCCCACGGUGGUCAGACAGCGCUGCGUAUCACUGGUCAGCCUCGCCUAUCGGGUUGGCUCUCUGGCUACAACCUUCCUUCCCUCCAGUCCAGACGGAGCACUCUCUUUGGCUGCCAUGGUAGUGUACACCAGCGGACCCAUCGUAGGCUGUGGUUUGUGCAUGUUGCUACCAGAAACCAGUAGCGCCCCACUUCCAGACUCGUUCGAGGACUGCGACAGAAAGUCUGAGUCCCACCCCGCCAGCAUUGAUGACCUCUGGAGGUCACGGUCAUCAGCGAGCAGCCAGACCAGCAAAACGGAGACACUCCUUCCAGAGAAAGACGACGCACUAAAAGCCAAUACACCGUUCCUGUAACGGCAGCCAAAGCUUUCAACCGAAUCAAACCAAUGUUUAAAACAUUCUAUGUUUAUCCAUACGGGAAACAGAAAAUCUCUUUACAUAGACCAUUUUAAAUUUUG